AUGUCGCUUAAACGAAAACGCGGCCAAGUGAUUCACAGUGAAGCUCGCACUAUGAUAGCGAAUAUUAUAAACAUGUGCGAAGAGGAAAAACGACUCAAAGCUCCAUUAGCAGACUUCGAUAAUCCAUUAAAACGAGCAGCUUCGUAUUGUAAUGCUUCUUUACGAACUAUCAAUCGAGUCAAGAAAGAAUAUAAUGCAGCAGCUGAACAGAAUCUUCCACUUCCAGCCAAAUGUACAAAAUUAUCAUCUCCUGGUAAGAAAAGGAAUAAAGAAAGUUUUAGUAAAUGUGAUGAAUUCGAUCAACAAGUAAUUCGACGAACAAUUUCAAAUUUUUAUCUCGAAGACAAACCGAGAGUUCCAUCGACGAGUAAAUUAUUAAGUGUGAUGAAAGAAGAUACAGGGUUUCCAUAUUGUAGAGAGAAAUUACGCCAGCUUUUACAUAAUAUGGGUUAUUCGUGGAAAAAAUGUGGCACUAGGCGAAAAAUUCUGGUAGAACGUGCCGAAAAUAUCGCGUGGAGAAGAAGGUACAUCGCACAAAUCAGAAAAUACCGUUCUGAAAAUAAAAAAAUUUAUUACAUCGAUGAAACUCGUAUAGAUAAUGAUUCAACGUACAAAAAAAGUUGUCAAGGAGAAGGAUUAGCUGAUGCUGGUGUAAUUGUUGAGAAUAAUUCUUCAAAAAAUCGUUUAAUAUUAGUACACGCGUGCUCGGCCGAGGAUGGGUUAUUGGAAGGGGCCAAAUUGUUGUACAGAGAGAAUGUCAAGACUGGCGAUUACCAUGGCCAAAUGAACGCUGAUAUGUUUUUUAAAUGGAUUACAACGAAAUUGAUUCCAUCAUUGCCAUCGAAUUCUGUAGUCGUUAUGGAUAAUGCUGCCUACCAUAAUGCAUUACUUGAAAAAGUUCCGAACAAGUAUUCGUUAAAAGCUGUGAUGAAGGAAUGGCUUCGAAGUCGGGACAUUCCAUUUGAUGAGAAUAUGUUACGUCAUGAAUUAUACGCACUUAUUGAACAGAAUAAGCCCAAAGAAAAGAAAUAUGUUAUUGAUGAGAUUAUGAGAAAGGCUGGUCACAUUGUAUUGAGAUUGCCACCAUACAUGUGUGAGCUGAAUAUUAUCGAAAUGGUGUGGUGCAGAAUUAAAACCAAAGUCAGAGAAAUGAACAUAACCGGCGGUGAUUCCUGUCAACAAAAAUUAUUCGAUGCGGUCGAAAAUGCAAUUCUUUCAGUCACACCUCGACACACGAAAAAUUUUCUGGACCCUGUUAUCGAAUUGGAAAAUGAUUACUGGGAAAAUGAUCCGAAAAUUGAAGACAAAAUUGAUGAGGUGAUUGUAAAUUUGGCUCAAUGCUCAUCGGACGAAGAUGAAGAUGACGAUUCUUGUGAAGAAAGUGAAUGUGACGAUGAAUUGGAUAAUUUUCAUGAUAAAAAAUUAAUGCAAUAA